GUUGGGUGCUGAGUUCUUCACAACUUCGCAAUUUCUUACCAAAAGUUCCGGUCGUAAAAACAAUGUCUGAUUCAAACAUCGUCUUGUUUCUGAUUGCUGGGAUUUUGGUAUCUCAGGCGAUGUCUCGGACAGUUCAUGAAUCCGCCAUCGAUGAACACGAGAAAUGGAUGGUUAAGCAUGGCCGAACUUAUAAGGACAGAGCUGAGAAAGAUAAACGUUUCAAGAUAUUCAAAGAGAACUUUGAAUAUGUCCACAACUUUAAUAAUGAAGGUAAUACGAGUUACAAGCUGAGUAUCAACAAGUACUCCGACUUGACGCACGACGAAUUCGUCGCGGCUCGUACCGGAGACGUCAAUCCUAGCGACACGGUGGCUUCAACGGAAACGGUGUUUCAAUAUGCCGAGUUUACGGAUAUUCCGUCGAGCUUGGAUUGGAGAACCGAAGGCGCUGUCACCGCUGUUAAGAACCAGCACAGAUGCGGGUGUUGUUGGGCAUUUGCAGCCGUAGCGGCGACGGAGGGUGCAACCCAGAUCAAAACGCGAAAUUUGAUCUCACUGUCCGAGCAACAACUACUUGACUGCAGCGGCAACAACGAUGGGUGCAACGGUGGUAGCAAGAUAUCAGCCUUCCAAUACAUCAUGCAAAACAAUGGAUUAACCAGCGAAGACAAUUAUCCCUAUCAUCAAACGCAAGGAGCUUGUGACAUGCAAAAGCAGGCAUCCCAAGUCGCCGGUAUCAGCAACUACGGAACGGUACCCCCCAACAGCGAACAAUAUUUACUCAAGGCAGUCUCGAACCAACCGGUUGUGGUCAGCAUCGAAGGCAGUGGGAUCGAUUUUAGGCACUACAAAAGUGGUGUUUUUCAAGGAAACUGCGGGACCAAAACCGACCAUGCCGUCACCGUCGUCGGAUUCGGAACGAGUGAUGACGGUAUCGAUUAUUGGUUGGUGAAGAAUUCAUGGGGUGUGGAGGAUUGGGGUGAAGAUGGGUACAUAAGGAUGCAAAGGAAUGUGGCUGACCCCCAAGGUCUUUGUGGGCUAGCCACUAAACCUGCCUAUCCAAUUGCAUGAAUAUUCCAAGGUCUUUGCAAUUUGCCAAUGCAUUGAUUUAGGAAACUCAUUUUCCCUUCGUUGUAUUAAGUCAAGGUCUUUGCAAUUUACGCCCAAAAAUGUAUCCGUUGGCUUAUUUAUCGAUUAAAUAAAAGGGUUAACUACAUGAUUAGUCACUUA